AUGCGCCUCAUCAAGACAAGGGCAAGAGCGGACAUCAGCACUCUCAUGCAGCCCCUGGGCCAUCUGCUGAAUAUGCAGCAGGCCCCCGUUGAGGUUUUUACCGAUGACAAGGUUUCGGAGGCCGCGGCGAAGCACACUUCUCAGAAAGGCAAGGCAAGACACACAUCCGAGACUGGCAGGCGUGAGUCUCACAUUCUCCCAGGGUACUCUGGUGUCUCCGGCAAGGUCAACAUCAGCAAUGCCGAGGAGGAGCACCAACCACCCCCACGUCACAAAGAUAUGUUUACACAGGACCCUCACAUGUAUCAAAAUUACCAGGACUUCACUGGGAAAAUCACCAGCCAUACCUACAAGUGUCCCUUUGACCUCAGGACCGACAUCCAUGUGCCGUCUCUCGGCACAUUCCUUGACGACUACGUUGAUCAUUUCGGCUAUGAAACUAAGUUCAUUCACAGGGUCUACAAGGCGUCAGAGCAGUCAAUGGAUUGA